ACAAAAAAACAACCAGUGAAAAAUAUAGUUCAAUAUUAUUCCGUGUGUAUUAUUAUAGGAUUGGUUUCUUGCAAUUUUGUUAAAAAACAUUAAUAUCAAUGGCAAUGGCGUAAAAAUUAUUUGGAUGCGGUACGAACAUCGUUCGUACUUUAUAUUUUUCAUCUGGUGGAAUACCUCGAAUAAAAAUAUUGACAGAUAACGUUUGUCGUAUAUUAUGGGAGCAACAUUUUUCUUAAAUUCAUUAACAAAAGUAUACGGAAAAUUAUCUUCCGUUCGUUUAAAUAUUGUUGAUUAUUGGUUGAAACUAAAAAUUCAUAGCCAUUCUGUACGACUACGAUAGUGAUCGACAAAAAUGAAAUUGAAUGAGCUCGUUUAUUGGUAUCAAAAGAAAAUUGGUACUUAUGAUAAACAACAAUGGGAAAAAACUGUAGAACAACAUAUUCUUGGAGGAUUUACACAUGUUCCAAUGAGAACUGCAAAAUUAAAAACAGAAUUUAUUGAUGUAGACCUUGUGCGAG